AUGGGUGACUACGAGAGAAGACGUCACCAAGGUGGUGGCUACAAUAACAGAAAGAGAAGGCAUAGAGGAGACGACGAUGAUUACGACCACCGACAGUCACGACGAAGAAUUGACACCGCUCCUCUUCCAGUCAGGGUUCGCAGGCAGCUUUUAUCUCUUGCCGAGUCCCCACUCCGACGGUGGCACGAAGAAGUUCAAAGCAUCGCCCAUGUUGUAGCUGAUAAUACUGAGGAUGCUGAGCUCCGUGAGAGCUUUGUUAGCCUCGUGUUGCAACUCGCGCUGGAACAGCCGCUCAAGACGCCUUUUGUUGCAGGUGUCAUUCUCUUGGUGAACACACUCAAGCCUGAUAUCGUGGAUGACAUCCUCGCGAAGCUGAGUGCUGCCACCCAGGACAAAAUUCAGGCUGGAGAAUGGAGAGACGUUAAGCUUUAUUUGAAGUUGUUGGCUUGUCUGCAAAGCUCUCUGGACGGCGAGGGAAUCUUCCCCGUCUUGGAGGAGCUGUUCAGCCGAGCCGUGGAUCUUCAGACCGCGAGCUCAGAUGACACAAUUGGCACAGAACUGGUAAAGAUUAUUCUCCUUACGAUCCCGUACAUUAUGGCGGCUGCGCCUGGUCAAUGGCAGCAGAAGGCUGCCGACCUGAUGGACAAGACGGACAUCAUCGCCUCGGAACCCCAUGCGCUCCAGGCACUGAUCGAUCCAUACCUCGCAAUUAAAGAUGAGCCGACUGGAUCUAUGAGCGUGAUUGCUUUGCUGCAGAAGCAAUUACAGAGCGAAGCAGCAAACAAUUGGGAGUUGUCUUGUCUUCCAAGGCCCUGGAAGCUUCCGUUGGAGGAGAUUGAAGCUCAGGAGAAGCUUGAUAAUGCCACGAAGCAUACACUGCCCGCCAUCACGGUUCCUGAAAACAUCAUUGCUGGUCCUCGACCUUUGUUCCCCGAAGUCUACUUCUCCGUUUACAGCUCUCAAGACAUCGAGUCCGUACCCCCUGUCACAGACAUCGCCGCUUCUUUGGUUCGGGAUGGCCUGGUCGAUACCAUUAACAUCUUGGAUUUCAACCGCAAUGUCACCGCGCGAUACCUGAUCGAUUUGGAUUGCUACUUCUCCGAUACUACUUUUGUCAAGCGCGCCACUCCAUUCGACAGGUUGCGAGACAUUGAAACCGGCAAGUCGACUUGGAAGCCCGAGGAUGUCGCUGUUGAUGCUGUCUUUUCGCAACUCUUCCAGCUUCCCACUCCUGAGCACAAACUUGUGUACUACCAUUCCGUUCUGACCGAGGCUUGCAAGAUUGCGCCCGCAGCAAUCGCGCCAAGCUUAGGUCGAGCCAUUCGCCAUAUGUACCGCAACUCUAGCCGACUUGAUCUUGAGCUCUCGCAGCGGUUUGUGGACUGGUUCUCGCACCACCUGAGCAAUUUUGGCUUCACUUGGAAGUGGACCGAGUGGAUUGAUGAUGUUUACCUUCCUGACGUCCACCCACAGAAAGCGUUUAUCAUGGGUGCACUCGACAAGGAGAUCCGACUAAGCUUCGCGCAGCGAAUCAAGGGAACCCUCCCGGAGCCAUAUCAACACCUUAUUGGCCCCGACAAGGAGAAGGACGUCCCUGAUUUCAAGUUCAAUGAUGAAAGCACACCGUUCUCGGCCGAGGGACGCGAGAUUGCUGCAUUGCUUAGACGCAAGGCAGCUGAUGAAGAGUUCCAGCCCAUCAUUGAGAGGAUUCACUCACUCGCGAUAGAACGUGGUCUGGAUCCUUUAGUGACAAGCACCGAUGUCUUCGUUACAGCUGUCUGUUGGGUCGGAUCCAAGUCUCUCAGUCACGUUCUGGCGUGUAUUGAGCGAACCAAGGACCGACUUCUUGAUGUCGGCGCAGCGUCUGAGGCGGCUAAAGCCCAAAUUAUUACUGCGGUCAUGUCGUACUGGGCUGCUCAGCCUGGCGUGGCAAUUUCGAUCGUGGAAAAACUUCUGAACUACUCAAUCCUCUUGCCCCUUUCCGUCAUUGAAUGGGCACUCGUGGGCAGCAGCCAUGUCAACGGGCAGUCUUCAGGAGAUUCUUUAGCACAGUCGCAUGUCUUCGAACUAGUUUUCGGAACAGUGGCCAAGGUCACUGGUCGCAUUCGACAGCUGUUGACGGAAGCUGACGCGGAUGAAGAGUCUAAGGAGAGGGAGAUCAAGGCCAUGCGCGACCUUUUCAAGGCGAUGGAAGAUGCCUUGGUAAGCUGGGCUACGGGCAGCAAGGAUGAGAUGAUGGAGGAGAUUGACGGUGCUGGUCAGCGUGACGCGCUGCUCCGCCGUUGGGGCGAGCGGUGGCUCAGGGUUUUCCGACGCCGGGCGGCGAUUGAGGAAGCUUUCAUCGUGGAGACCGCGAAGAACCAGACGGUCGCAGGAGACAGUGCUUAA